AUGAGCCUCUCAGUCUACUCAUUACCUGCCCAUAUUUCCUCCGAGUCCUCAGGUUCUUCACCAUUAUCUGACAAUGUUAUCAAUACUGCUACGCUCUCCCAUUCCAUUUAUGAACCUCUGACCUCAGGCAAGAUGGCACUUGGCCACUAUCCUCCUGCACCUAAAGAUUCGGAACCUUGGAACAUCGCGCAGCCAACUCGAAGAAAUACGAUGACUGAUUCUUCUAUACUACCAAGUACACCGCCGCCGCCACAAGUUGGAUUGAUUGUAACCGAGGAGCUCCAACAGGCGCUUAAAGAUUGUAAGGAGAAAGUAGAACGGAUAGCAAAAGAAUGCAGGGCAGCAAACAGGAAGUUCCGCGACAUCGAAUUUGAUUUAGAGAACGACACAGUGAGGUGUUUGUACGGCUUAACGGGCGACAAAACGACCAAUCCUCCUGAUGUACGAAGAGUGUCCGAAAUCUUCGAGGAUCCAAAGUUUUUUGUCGGCGCUCCUCACUCGAGUGACAUUGUUCAGGGAAAGCUGGGCAAUUGCUGGUUUCUAUCCGCACUUGCAACUAUGGCGGCCUUCCCAGGUCUGGUAGAGAAAUCGUGUAUAGGCCGCGAUCAGGAAGUUGGUGUCUACGGCUUCAUAUUCUUUAAAAAUAGUCAGUGGGUGAAUGUUGUGAUUGAUGACCAGUUAUUCUGGUCUCUUCCCAAGUUCGAAGGUCUUAGCCAAGAGGAGAAAUCCCUCUAUCAUGAUGAUAAAGACCUCUACAAUAGCUUGGCUAGGAAGGGGGGGAAAGGUCUGUAUUUUGCGCGCUCGGGGACCAGCGGAGAGACGUGGGUACCAUUGAUUGAGAAAGCAUAUGCCAAACUACAUGGCGACUACGCCUCACUUAAUGGGGGAAGAAUGAAUGAGGGUGUCGAAGAUCUUACUGGGCGCGAUAUACUUGAUCCAGAUAAAUUCUGGAAGGAUGAGUUGCUCUACUCAAACAACUCAGAAACUCAUUUGUACGGUGUCUCGUUCCCCGCUUUAACGGAAUGGCGAAGUGGAAAUUCUGCAGCGACGGUGGGCGGCCUUUACGGUAGCCAUGCUUAUUCCAUCCUCAGGGUUAAGGAAUGUCGUGGGAGGAGGUUUGUGGUCUUGCGAAAUCCCUGGGGUAAAGAGGAGUGGACAGGAGCAUGGUCCGACGGCUCCAAAGAAUGGAAUGGGGAUGAAGGCCGUGCGAUCCUCACAGAGCUUGACCACAUCCUAGGUGACGACGGCGAGUUUGUCAUGGAGUGUAUGGGCCUCAGUUCAGCGGACAAUUAUAUUGGACUCCAGCUGGGUUAUGUCGACGUAUUGGCUUCGGCUUCCUCCCAGAUCUCCGCUAUGCUCAUGGAGUCACGGAGAGGUCUCUACUUCGAUCUGCCCAAAAGAACAAGCGCAAUCAUUGCACUUACAUCUCUCGACGAACGGUACUUCAAGCAUAUUACUCACCAGCAUCAGUACCACACUCUAGAGUUUGUACUCUACAGACUUGAUAAACAGGAGACGCAAAACCACACAUACAGUGGGGCGAUCUGUGAGAGAAGCACAUACUUUGAGGAUAGCCUGCCUACAAUGGACUACCGCAAGUUAUCUCGCAUGCUGUCCCAGCGAGUUGAGAGCAGAAUGAUAGCAUCCAACUAUACACUCGGGGAGGAGAAGAAAUUUCUACCAACCUCGUUGCGUGCGAUUAUAGAACGAGAUUUACAGUCCCAGAUACCCAAUAGCGCAGAGAACCCGGCACCAGACACGAACAACCUCACAAAGACUACUACGACUACUACGACUACCACAGUCACUACCGUAAAGAGGACCGUGGGGACACCCGCCAAACCCAGACCACAGAAUGAUUCAGCAGCACCAUACGACAUUUCGCAACACUCCCCUACAUUGUUUCCAAAACACAACGCUUCAACAUCUGAAACUCCUGGUAUAUCUACCGCAGUCACAGAGGCCCCUGCUUCGGAUGCUGCUCACAGCAAUUCCAUUACGUACGAGGAUGAGAAGCAACUAUCCCUGGUUUUAGGACUACGGGUGUAUACAAAGAAGGACGCCGUGGCGGUGGUCACUGGUUCCGUCUUAGAUAUACCUCGGUAG